AUGACCCCCUGCCCCACCGAAGCUGACGUCCUACCCACCAGCCCCGGCAGCCCUCCACCCCGGGGCCCCAGGAGCUCCCACACCUCGCAGACCCCGGCCCCCCCGAAGCCCCGCCCCCGCAGCGCCCAGACCUCGGAGGCCCCUCCUCCUGUGCCCCAGCACCCAGACCUCGCAGACCCCUCCCCCCUGCCCCGCAGACUCCGCCCCCUGGAAGCCCCGCCCCCGCAGCGCCCAGACCUCGCAGACCCCUCCCCCUGCGCCCGCAGACUCCGCCCCCUGGAAGCCCCGCCCCCGCAGCGCCCAGACCUCGCAGACCCCUCCCCCCUGCCCCGCAGACUCCGCCCCCUGGAAGCCCCGCCCCCGCAGCGCCCAGACCUCGCAGACCCCUCCCCCUGCCCCGCAGACUCCGCCCCCUGGAAGCCCCGCCCCCGCAGCGCCCAGACCUCGCAGACCCCUCCCCCUGCGCCCGCAGACUCCGCCCCCUGGAAGCCCCGCCCCCGCAGCGCCCAGACCUCGCAGACCCCUCCCCCCUGCCCCGCAGACUCCGCCCCCUGGAAGCCCCGCCCCCGCAGCGCCCAGACCUCGCAGACCCCUCCCCCUGCCCCGCAGACUCCGCCCCCUGGAAGCCCCGCCCCCGCAGCGCCCAGACCUCGCAGACCCCUCCCCCUGCCCCGCAGACUCCGCCCCCUGGAAGCCCCGCCCCCGCAGCGCCCAGACCUCGCAGACCCCUCCCCCUGCGCCCGCAGACUCCGCCCCCUGGAAGCCCCGCCCCCGCAGCGCCCAGACCUCGCAGACCCCUCCCCCUGCGCCCGCAGACUCCGCCCCCUGGAAGCCCCGCCCCCGCAGCGCCCAGACCUCGCAGACCCCUCCCCCUGCCCCGCAGACUCCGCCCCCUGGAAGCCCCGCCCCCGCAGCGCCCAGACCUCGCAGACCCCUCCCCGCAGUGCCCCCGACCUCGGCUCCCCCACCGGAGCACCCAGACCCUCGCCGCUCCCCCCGGUGACCCCGGUGACCCCGGCCCACCCCCGGAAGCCCCAGCCCCCGGAGCGCCCGUCCCUUCGCUGCCCCCGGAUGCCCCCGGAGCCCCCCGCCCUCGCAGACCCCGGCCGCCCGGAGCCCCCAGACCCCUCCCCUCGACCCCGGUUCCCGGCUGCCCCCCGGAGCCCCCAGACCCGGCAGACCCUCCCCUCGGUGCCCCCGGUGCCCUCCGCCCUCGCAGACCUGGUUCCCGGCUGCCCCCGGAGCCCCCGCCCUCGCAGACCCCGGUCCCCGGCUGCCCCCGGGGCCCCCACACCCCGUCCCCGUCCCCCCGGUGCCCCCCGCCCUCGCAGGCGGCCCCUCCCGGAGCACCGAGACCCCUCGCCCGUCCCGUCGGUGCCCCCGGUGCCCUCGCAGACGGCCCCCGAACCCCCGGCCCGCAGAGCGCCCCUCCCCCUCGGUGCCCCCGGUGCCCCCCGCCCUCACACACCCCGCCCCCCCCGCCGGAAGCCCCGGCCCCGUCCGCGGAAACGGCUGGUCACGGGGUGUCGCUCACCGGCGCGGGGCUCCGCCUGCGCCCCCGGCCACCGCCGCCCAGGCCCGAGCUCACCGCCGACCCGCCACGACCCCGCAGCCGCGGCCUCUCCGCCCGGCGCCGCCACCCUCCGCCGGAGGCGCCCCCGACGCCACUCGCCGUCGCCGCCGCCCGCCCCUGUGACGCACUUCCGCUUCCGGCGCUCGUGGCCGCGGAAGCGGCCGCGCGGCGGCUCCCCGUUUCGUCUGCCGGGCCUGGCCCCGCCCCGGAGGCGGGACUUCCGGGAGGCCUCCGCGAGGGGGGGGCGGGCCGGCCCGGGCUUGGCACUGCGCGUGCGCGAGUCCGCCCCGCCCCCCGGCGCCAGCUGUGCCCGCGUCCAGCCGGAGGCCUCACCUGGGGCCGCGCCGUCUGCGGCAGGUGCACGGGCCGCGCUCGCGCCCCUCGCGCUGUCGGGACCACGCACCGCCUGCCGCCGCGCCGCACGGUCAACGCGGAGCUCACUCAUCUACUACUUAGUUACUAUUAUUUACUACGCGUCUGGAUUGCGGAAUAGGAGUUACAAUAAGCUCGCGGAGAUCCUGGACACCCAGGCAAGCCCCCGACACCCCACCCCUGCUGCAGACCAGCCCUCCUUGGGAGCUGAGGGCUUCGGGAAGCCUGUCGAGGAAGGAGCGGGGCUGGCGGAGACCCCUCAGGAGGCCGACUGGCGGCCCGGCCCUCCCGCAGCGCUGGUGCUGCAUUCAGGGCCCAGGGAGGCCCCACGUCCAGUCGUGGCCACCCGUGCUGAGGGGUCAGGGUGA